AUGGCCGACUUUGUGAAGCUGUCCAUUUUUGGCACAGUAUUUGAAGUCACUACACGCUAUGAAAACUUGCAGCCUGUAGGUAUGGGCGCUUUCGGCUUGGUGUGCAGUGCGCAUGACAAGCUGACGGACACGUCGGUAGCCAUCAAGAAGGUCAUGAAGCCCUUCAGUACGCCUGUCCUGGCCAAGCGCACGUACCGUGAAUUGAAGCUGCUGAAGCAUAUUCGCCACGAAAACAUUAUCAGCCUGAGCGACAUUUUCAUUUCGCCGCUGGAAGACUUGUACUUUGUCACAGAGCUGCUCGGUACCGACUUGCACCGCUUACUUACGAGUCGUCCGCUGGAGAAGCAGUUCGUGCAGUACUUCCUGUACCAGAUCCUGCGUGGUCUCAAGUACGUCCACUCGGCGGGCGUCGUGCAUCGCGAUUUGAAGCCCAGCAACAUUCUGAUCAACGAGAACUGCGACUUGAAGAUUUGUGACUUUGGUCUGGCGCGUGUACAGGACCCCCAAAUGACCGGCUACGUCUCGACACGCUACUACCGAGCGCCGGAGAUCAUGCUGACAUGGCAGAAAUACGAUGUGGCCGUAGAUGUGUGGAGUGCCGGCUGCAUCUUCUCAGAAAUGCUCGAGGGCAAGCCGUUGUUCCCCGGCAAGGACCAUGUCAACCAGUUCUCGAUCAUCACGGAGCUGCUUGGCACGCCGCCAGAUGAAGUGAUUCAGACUAUCUGCAGUGAAAACACCCUGCGGUUCGUGCAGUCUCUGCCGAAACGUGAACGCAUUCCUUUCCGUGAACGAUUCCCUAAUACUGAUCCUGAAGCCUUGGAUCUGCUUGACAAAAUGCUUGUCUUUGAUGUCAACACGCGCAUUACGGCUGGCGAUGCGCUUUCGCACCCGUACCUUGCACCAUACCACAACCCGGACGACGAGCCGGUGGCGGAAGAGACGUUCGACUGGAGCUUUAACGACCAGGACCUCCCGAUCGAUACGUGGAAGGUAAUGAUGUACUCGGAAAUCCUUGACUUCCACAACAUCGACGGCGCGAACCCCGAGGACCAGGCUGCAGCCGGCGACGCUGUGCCGCCCGUGGCCGAGUACACGAUGGCCUAA